AUGCUCAGCCAUCCUGGCCUUCAAGCUGUUUGGAUUUCUACCAGCACCGAUGUGCACUCCAGUCAGUCGCUUGCUGCCCUUGACAAAGAACUGCACGUCCUUUGCGAGAAGCCUUUGAGCACUGAUAUGGCUGAGGCUCAAACUGUCGUUGAUGCAGCAAAGAAGAACCCCCGUCUUAAGGUCAUGGCUGGUUUCUCUCGUCGCUUCGAUGCUUCAUACCGUGACGCAGCUGCCAAGAUCUAUAAGGACAAAGCCAUCGGGGAACCAUUCAUGGUUCGCUCAAGCACAUGCGAUCUUCUCGACGAAACCGGGUUCUUCGUUCGCUAUGCCUCUCGCAACGGCGGCAUUUUCGUCGACUGCGCCAUUCACGACAUUGACUUGUCACUCUGGUAUCUCGGCAACCCAAUCCCUAAAGCGUGCUGGGCAACCGGCACUCUCCAACACCACCCUGAACUCAAAGACCUCAAUGACGUCGACAAUGCAGUCGGCAUCGUCGAAUUCUGGGGCGGCAAGAUCGCUUACUUCUACUGUUCUCGAACUCAAGCCCACGGUCAUGAUGUCUGCACUGAGAUCACCGGAAAGACUGGUAAGAUCUCAGUCAACGUUGUUCCCAAGGCGAAUAAUGUGGUUCUUGCGGAUAAGCUUGGUAUUCGUCAUGAGGUUCAGCCUGAGUAUUGGCAGCGAUUCGAGGAUGCUUUUGCACUGGAGGCUAAUGAGUUUACGGAUACGGUGUUGAGGGAUAAGCCGGUUCCUUUGCCUAUUGAGGGUGGGAUGCAGGUUAUGAAUAUUGGCCGGGCGCUUCAGCAUGCGCUGUUGAGUGGGGAGUUGGUCAAGUUUGAUGAGAAGGGCAAUUGGGAGUAG